AUGGACACCAGUCUUUACAUAGCAAAGAAAACACACUACAAUAUUUUCCCUAACCAGCAAUACAUUGAUCAUGAGGCAGCCACCAUAGACAUGCACCACAUCAAUCAUCCCCAAAAUAGUAGUCACACAUCCACAAGCCAUUCUUCUGAUUCGGGAGGAACUUGUACUAGUGAUGAAGGUAAAUUGGCUUCCAAGCUUCUUAAAGAGUGUGCUAAAGCAAUCUCUGAUAAAGACUCUGGCAAAAUCCACCAUCUUCUAUGGAUGUUAAACGAGCUUGCAUCCCCUUAUGGAAACUGUGAGCAAAAAUUAGCCUCCUACUUCUUGCAAGCUCUAUUUUGUAAGGCCACAGAGUGUGGUCAAAGGUGCUACAAGACCCUUUCCUCUGUAGCUGAGAAAAACCACUCCUUCAAUUCAGCUAGAAAGUUAAUACUCAAGUUUCAAGAGGUAAGCCCUUGGACAACUUUUGGACACGUGGCAUCAAAUGGUGCCAUUUUAGAAGCCUUCGAAGGCGAGACAACACUACAUAUUAUUGAUAUAAGCAACACCCUUUGCACUCAAUGGCCUACUUUGUUGGAAGCCUUGGCUACAAGAAAUGAUGAAACCCCUAACUUGAAGCUCACAGUUGUAGCUAUAACGGGUAGCAUAGUAGGGUCUGUGAUGAACGAAGUUGGAAGAAGAAUGGAGAAGUUUGCUAGGUUAAUGGGAGUGCCCUUUGCGUUUAACAUGAUUAAUGGGCUAGAACAUAUUGGAAUGCUCACAAAAGAAGGGUUAGGAGUUAAAGAGGGUGAGGCUAUUGCCGUGAAUUGUAUUGGGGCAUUGAGAAGUGUUGAAGAAGAUGAUAGGGGAGCCUUUAUUCGCAUGUUGAAAUCGCUUGAUCCUCGAGUUGUGACGGUCGUUGAAGAGGAAGGUGAUUUUUGCAGCUCAAGAAAUGACUUCUUCAAGAGCUUUGAAGAGUGUCUUAGGUUUUACACCCUUUACUUUGAGAUGCAAGAGGAAAGCUUUCCCUCAAUCAGUAAUGAAAGAUUGAUGCUAGAGAGGGAGUGCUCGAGAAACAUAAUUAGGGUUUUGGCUUGCAAUGAUGAUGAUGAAUUUGGGUAUGAUAUUUGUGAGAGAAGGGAGAGAGGAACACAAUGGUCUUGGAGGCUUAAGGAGGAAUUUUUCCCAAUUGGGUUCAGUGAUGAUGUUGUGGAUGAUGUCAAGGCAUUACUCAAAAGGUACCGUCCUGGGUGGUCCCUUGUGGUGCCACAAGGAAAUGAUCAUCUUUCAGGAAUUUACUUGACAUGGAAGGAGGAACCGGUUGUUUGGGCUUCAGUAUGGAAACCCUAA